GGGCGGACCCGCGGCCCCUCAGCGGCCUGAGGGCUGGGCCGGGGUCCGGCGGGUCCCGAGAGCGUCCCGGGGGUCCCGGGGGGGGUCCACGCACCCCCCGCCGGUCAGCUGUGAUGAGCCCAUCCCCGCUCCAGGAGGGCUCCGCUCCCGAAGCUGCCCUUCCCAGCUAGAUCCCAACCCUGCUGCCAUGGAGACGGGCAGCCUGGAGGAGCGGGCCUGUGGUGACCAGCAGCGGGAGGAGGAGGGCGGGGAUGCAUCUCCCGAGGGUGCCAAUAACUCCGGGGAGCCGCAGCCUCCGCCACCCUGGAAGCUGCGGAAAACGGCCUUCAAGCUGUUUGGGGGCAAGAGGAGCAUCUGCACCCUGCCCAGCUUCUUCGGGGGCCGGGGCAAGGGCCAGGGCAAGAAGGGGCUCAGCAAGUGCAAGACCCAUGACGGGCUGAGCAGCGCCACGUCCAACAGGGCCCAGCCCGACAGCCCCUUGGAUGUGCAUCCUGGCCCCCUGCCGUGCUCUCGCAGCGCUCAGCUGCCCAGGGACACUGGAGCCAGGAGGGACUUGGGCCAGCAGGACAACUCUCCCCCUGGGAGCAUCGAGGGCUGUGACAAAAAGCCCAACGGGGACAAGUCCUCCUUUCCCAGGCCCAAAAAAGGCCUGAAGGGGUUUUUUAACAGCAUCCGGCGGCACCGGAAGAACAAGGCUGCAGAGGGGGAGAGGGCAGAGCUCCCCGAGUGGAACGGGGACCCCGAGGAGCCCAGCAGUGCCCCAGGGGUGGCAGUGGAGAGCCGGGGGGCUGCAGAGAGCAGGGGGGCAGGGCCAGUCCCUGUGCCCACAGCAUGCCCGGGGGGUGAGCCCGCCUGUGGGGAGUCCCCUGAGCCCUCCUGCCCUGUGGCUGAAGGGGGCAGCUCCCAGGGCGAUGCAGUGGUGGCGGUGCCAGGAGAUAGGGACGCUCCAGAUACAAAAUCGGAGGCUGACGCUGCCACCUGCGCUGAGUUUGACCGUGACAGUCUGCUGCUGGCCUUCCACUCGGACCUCAUGGACAGCGAGCCUCCCUGCCUGCACUCUGGGGACCUGCUGAGCCUCAUCCUGGGAGACGUCACCUCCCUGAAGAGCUUCGACUCCCUGACAGGCUGCGGGGACGACAUUGCCGAGCCCGACAUCGCCGAGAGCAGCAUCUCGGUGGAGCGCAGCAGGGAGGCCGCCAAGCGCAGCUCCUGCCUGGUCACCUACCAGGGUGGCGGGGAGGAGAUGGCCAUUCCUGAGGAGGCCGAGGAGUACCUGCACCAAGUGUGGGAUGGCAGCAUGCCAGGGGACAGGAGCUACGGGGCCCAGGUGUCCCGCAGCAGCCUGGAGACACACGCCUCGCACGAGGGGGAUGCCCACCCCUACAUCGGCGACCCCAUGGAUGGUGUCGACCUCCUGACACCCCAGAGCGACCAGCAAGAGUCUGCCCCAAACAGUGACGAGGGUUAUUAUGACUCCACCACGCCAGGGCCUGAGGAUGAGGCCGGAGAGGAGCUCAAGAAGGACCGUCUGCCCCGGGACAGCUACAGCGGCGAUGCACUUUAUGAGUUUGACACGCUGAUGAGCCCCUCUCAUGGGGAGGAAUCACUGUUUGAGGGCAAAGGCCCCCGCCCGGGCAUUUUCAGCUACUUCAUGGACUUCUGCCUCCCUGCGGAGAAGAGCCUGAUCCAGCAGAUGAUCGAUCAGAAAAGAGGGGUGAUGGAAACAGAAGAGGAAGGUCUUGCAGCCAUUCAGAAGGAGCUGCUGUACUGGGAGCUGCAGAGGGAGCCGGUCCUGAAACGCCUGGAUGUUUCCAGCAAGGAGGAGUGUCCCCGGGAAAAGCAGUGCAUUGAAUGUAAAACUAGAGCAGCCAGCUCCAGUGGCAAGAGUCAGAGUGGCCUUGGCGGUGAGCAGGUGGCCUCGCGCACCCCGAACUGGGCUGUGAAUGGUGGGGUUCCGGUGGCUAGAGCUGAAAAUCCAGAGUGGAGGGAUUUUCCAGGGACUCUGUGUCCAGAAAACUGUUACAACAGCCAAAAAGCCCCAGGAAGUUGCCUUAUUCAGCUCACAAAGAACACCCCGGGGUUCGAUUUGGACCCGGAUUGUGGGUUGUUUGGGGACUCCAUCCCAGCCAAGGCAGGGAUGUUCCCUGGCUACGGAGCAGAGCCCACUCCCGGUGAGCCCCAGGUGGGCAGCGAGCCUGAGCACACCGUGAGCUUCUCCCAGGCUCUGGUGGAGUUUGCCAGCAGCGGGACCCUCUUCUCCAGCCUCUCUGAAAGCCUGGGGAGCUCGGCCUCCAGCUCGUCUUUCACCCAGAACCUCCCCGCCCUCCCCACCAUGGUAACCUUCGACGUGGUGGACGUGGAGCAGGAGGGGGAAGGGGAGUGUGAGCAGCACCCAGAGCUGAGCGAGGACAUUGCCGAGGCCUUUGAUGACGGCUACGGACAGAAAGAGUCGUUGGCUGAAUGUGACGAGAGAAUGUCCCCGGGGUUCUCCCUGGGCUCCUUCCAGAGCUGCAACUGGGGGGUGGCCAGCCUGCCCCGCCACCUGCGCCUCCACGGGCUCAGCCCCUCCAUGCCGGCGCCGCUCUCCGUGGACCGGCGGAGCCGCUCCCUGGACACGGAGAGCCUGGAGUUCGAGCUGGCCGAGCCACAGGCUGCCUGGAGCGGCCCGCAGCCCUGCCGGCUCUGGGCCCGGCAGGAGAGCGGCAGGAAGGACUCGGGCGGAGCGCGGAGGAGCAGGAGCAAGGAGGAGGGCGAGCCGGCGGCCCUGGAGGGCGGGCUGAGCUGGCCAGGCCUGCAGCACCUGCAGCGCGGCAGCGACGGCAGCGGGAUGGAGCUCUGGGGCUUCGCUCCGGCCGGCGCCAUGGAGAGCGUGUGGGAGCCGUCCGAGGAGCCGGGCACCGUGUCCCCUUUCCCGCCUCUCACUGGGGAGGCUCCGGACAGGCGCCCCCAAGAGCCAGAGCUGCCCCGGCAUGCGCUGCGCCCCUCCAACCUGCCCCUGCAGCCCGAGGCGCGGCGGGCGCGGGAGGCAGCGGGGUCCUACAGGUACCACGGAGAGGUCCCCAGGCUGUCCCGCCUGGUACCCCUGGGAGAAGCGGAGCUGCCCCCGAGCUUUGGUUUUGCCUGCUCCCCGGAGAAGCGCUCCAAGGGCAAGCCCGUGGGCAUCGCCCAGGGCGUGCCGCAGCAUCCCGGCGGGAACGCCGGCCCUGCAGAGAGCCCAGAGCGCUGCGCGGAGCCUCUGAAGGGCAGGGGCACCCCCGGGCACUGCCGUGGCACCGCCCUCGAUGUCACCGAUGCAGAGUAGCUGCGGGAAUGUCACCGGUCACCGAGGGGCUGCCCCAGGCAGGGGGGAAGUGGUGCAGGGCAGGGAGGGCAAGGCUGUGAGCGAGCGGGGUGGGGGUGACUAAUGGGAGCUGGGCCUCGCCCUGCGGGUGCUCUGGCGGGGAUCGGAGCUGCCUCGGGGUUCCUGUGUCAACACUGAGGCACUUUCUGGUUUUCCAGCCCUUUCCGAUGCCAAGUGCAGCAGCAGCAGCCUCUGGCACUGCUGCCCGGACAGAAGCUGGGAAUGGACCUGUUGCCAGAGUGGCAGGUUUGGGGUCUGGGCAGGAUUGGAGAUGGGGGAACAAGCCUUGGGGACACUUCUGAGAGAAAUGGGGUUUCUUUUACCCUUCUUGGUGAAAUGUUUUGGUUCAGAUUCACUUUGAAUGUCUUCCAUCUUGGUGUUGAUUGUGGAGCUGGGGGGAAGGAUGCUGGUUGUUCCCAGGGGGUGAGUCCGCUGGAAGGGGAACUUUGCAGCAACAUUUUUAUUUAUUACUUUUUUUCCUUGCCCCAAAGGAAAGCAGGAGCUUUUGUGUGCGUGCUCUCCAGGUCCAAUUUCAAUUUGCCUGGAAAGAUGUGCUGUUCGUGGUGUCCCUUUCAAGAACAAAGUGUCAGUCCCUUCUUUGUUGUGGUCUGUCUUCCCAGUGCGUAAUUCCUGGUGGAAACCUUUCCUGUGCUUUGUCCCAGCUCCUCGUCUCUCCAGGACCGUGGGCACAUGGAUGAGGUCUUUGAAAUAAGCUAAAUUUGCAUCAUGCCUGUAGCUGUGAAGUGGCAGAUGCUGUUACUUUCUCAAAAGGAAGUUUUGUGGCUUUUUAAUUUAAUUUUGUUAUUUUAUGGUUGUUUUCUUUGCAUAAACUCCCAGGAGGGAAGUUCCGUGUUCGUUGGAAUGCCUAAAUUGGGCUUCAUGGCCUCUUCCCCUGGCUGGAGGGAACAAAAAGCUGGAGGUUGCUGCAGGUUUGGGAUUUUUCUCCUCCUCUUUGAAGAAACAUGGAGGAGGGGCACAAGCUGAGGGGUCAGACCUGGGGGAUCAUAAUGAGCUCCUGUGACAUCUGUUUCAGACCGUUGGUCCUUGGGGCUUCUCCCCUGUCCUCAUGAUCCCAAACAGCCUUGUCUUUGAUCCAGACGUCCCUUUCCAUGACACAAAGCUGCCUCCUCCUCCUCCUUCCCAAGCUCUGUGUUCUGAUUUUAAUUCUCUUUCCACUGAUGGUUUUUGUUCCCCCACCCUUUGUUGCCCCUUUUCUGCUUUUCUUUCCAGCAGAAUCUGUAGCAUUAAAAAAAAAAUCCCAAACUGGAAAUACCAGAGUUUUUCCCCAUUUGUGGAGCGAGGGAAGGCUCUGCCCAGCCCA